UAAAUUUAGUAAUAAGAAUUCUGCCAAUCUGGCAACACUGCACGUAUGGCUGACGGCGGAGAUUAGUUCGUUGGUUUAGUGUAGAUUGGUGAAUUGGAGGCAAGCGAGUGUUUUGUCGUACGUUCGGGGUGGGUCGGCGGCGUAAUUUAACAUAUGCGCGAUUAAUAAUGAUCGCCUUGAUGCGCCGAUAGUCGAUUUGUGAUCAAUACCCCUGUUCCACUAUUGUUUGUCAUUUUUUUCUUUUCGCCAAUUUUCCCUUUCCUGUAUCGUCCUCUUCAUCCUCCUCUCAUGAUUUAAAACAAUACACCACCCUUCGCGCACAACAAUCGUACGAUUCUCAUCUCGAACUCCUGGUGGUAGGCGGAACAUAGCGGCGAUACAAAGGAGUAAAGAGUGUGUGUGUGUCGAGUGGUUAACAGCCUGCUGCAGUAAUCCAGUUUGUUGCUAUAGCUGCCAGCCGAAAACAAAAAAAAGAGCACAAAUUUUCUAAACGGUGUUGAGAAAUCAUGAAUGCCUCAGAACAUGGGUUUAACCCAGCCUUCAAUAUGGCCUCCAUAAAGCAGGCUAUCAACGAGGCCGUUGAGCGAGUUUCGACAGUGAGAAUGCCAGCUCCUACACGCCUCCGCGAUCUGAUCAGACAAAUACGAGCGGCAAGAACUGCCGCUGAAGAACGGACGGUCGUCAACAAAGAAUGCGCGUAUAUUCGAUCGACGUUCAGAGAGGAGGAUAGCGUCUGGAGAUGUCGCAACAUUGCCAAACUGCUUUACAUUCACAUGUUGGGAUAUCCGGCGCACUUUGGACAGCUCGAAUGUUUAAAGCUGAUAGCAUCGCCGAGGUUUACAGACAAACGAAUCGGCUAUCUUGGGGCUAUGCUGUUGCUCGACGAGCGACAAGACGUUCACCUUUUGAUUACCAAUUGCCUGAAAAACGAUUUGAACAGUUCUACACAGUUCGUGAUUGGGCUUGCCCUGUGCACUCUAGGUGCAAUCGCAUCUCCAGAGAUGGCAAGAGAUCUGGCAGCUGAAGUCGAGAGGCUUAUGAAAUCGCCCAAUGCAUAUAUAAGAAAAAAAGCAGCGUUGUGCGCGUUCAGAAUUAUCAGACGUGUACCCGAGCUGAUGGAAAUGUUUUUACCAGCUACUCGAAGUCUACUUACGGAAAAAAAUCACGGCGUUCUAAUCACUGGAGUCACUCUGAUUACGGAAAUGUGUGAAAACAGCAUUGACACUUUGAAUCAUUUCAAAAAGGAAUGCGGCCAUCGAGAGAUUGUUCCCAAUCUCGUACGGAUUUUAAAGAAUUUAAUACUCGCUGGAUAUUCUCCGGAGCACGAUGUAUCUGGAGUAUCAGAUCCGUUCCUUCAAGUGAAAAUUCUGCGACUCUUACGAAUUUUGGGAAGAAACGAUGUCGACGCAUCGGAAGCUAUGAAUGAUAUCCUGGCGCAAGUGGCAACAAACACGGAAACCAGCAAGAACGUUGGAAAUACGAUAUUGUACGAAACCGUGCUGUCUAUUAUGGAUAUAAAAUCAGAGAGCGGUUUGAGAGUAUUAGCCGUCAAUAUUCUCGGUAGAUUUUUAUUGAAUAACGAUAAAAAUAUACGUUAUGUCGCGUUAAACACCCUUCUGAAGACUGUGUAUGUUGAUACGAGUGCGGUACAGAGACACCGUUCUACAAUUUUGGAGUGCCUAAAGGAUCCCGAUGUUUCGAUAAGGCGGCGUGCAAUGGAGCUUAGCUUUGCUCUAGUGAACUCAAACAACAUCAGAACGAUGAUGAAAGAAUUAUUGCUCUUUCUAGAACGAGCUGAUCCCGAAUUUAAAGCUCAGUGUAGUAGCAAUAUCGUCAUGUCGGCGGAAAGAUUUGCUCCUAACAAACGUUGGCACCUUGAAACGCUCUUCAAAGUAUUAGUCGCGGCCGGCAAUUAUGUGAGAGACGACGUCGUCGCUUGUACAAUUCAGUUGAUAUCGGAGGCGCAAGCACAACAAGGGUAUGCGGUUUGCGCGCUUUGGCGCGCUUUGGAAAGAGACACCGCCGAUAAGCAGCCGUUGGCUCAAGUAGCGACUUGGUGCAUCGGGGAGUACGGUGAUUUAUUACUUUACGGUCCGCCAAGUGAAGACGUCGAGGCACCUGUAAAUCUAACUGAAGAUGAAGUCAUCGAUGUCUAUCAAAGGUUACUGUGGAGCCCACAAAAUACUGUUGUCACUAAACAGUACACUUUACUGUCACUGACGAAACUCAGCACUCGUUUCCAACAAGGCAACGAUACGCCACUUUCAUUUUACAGAAAAAUUCGACAAAUUAUUGAUACGUUCGGGAGCAAUUUACACAUUGAGCUUCAGCAACGCGGAGUUGAAUUCUCGCAGUUAUUUAGGAAAUAUGAACACUUGAGGACUGCAUUACUGGAAAGAAUGCCUCCUAUGGAGACUGCCAAACCACAGGCAAAUGGAAUCAUUGGAUUAGUUAACGGAGAGUCUGAAAUUGAGGAAGAUAAAACGUCGAUUUUGGAACAACUACCUGUCGCUGCUCCAUCAGACUCGAGUGCUCUGCUGGAUUUGCUUGGAAGUUCGGACUUAGAUACUGAAGUCCCAACUGCGGUAGUUAACAAUACUCCAGUUACAGCGGCUCCAGUCAUUAAUAACAAUGACCUUCUCGAUCUACUCGGAGGGUUAGAUCUGAGCUCACCUGUUUCAGCUCCGCCUUCUUUUCCACAAGUCCAACCGACUCCACAAAUCUUUAGCCCAACCAACACGUCCAAUUUCCUUGUCGAUGGCCUUCUUAACUCGUCCCCGGUUCAAAAUGAAAUACCAAGUCUGGUUGCCUUCGAUAAAUUAGGCCUUAAAAUCGUAUUCAAAUUAGAACGGCCAUCAGAGACUCCAGACUUGUUGGUAAUCAACAUGUUGGCUCAAAAUGUUAGCUCCACGCAACUCACGGAAUUCUUAUUCCAAGCCGCAGUCCCCAAGACAUUCCAAUUACAAAUGCUGUCACCUUCAGGCACCGUCAUACCUCCAUCGGGUCAAGUAACUCAAGUUAUGAAAGUAACAAACAUCAAUAAAGCAUCGCUAAGGAUGCGAUUGCGUAUUUCAUAUACGGGAGAGUCGGGGCCCGUAUUGGAACAAACGGAGGUGAACAAUUUUCCACCGCUGGCAUGGCAGUGACAAGACACUAUAGAAAAACCAAUUGUACAUAUGUCUGCCUAAUCAUACAAGUCUGAUCAGACUGAAGAACCCCUCCCCACACCGUCUCACCGCCACGAUCACCUAACAAUCAAAUUGAACUGGACGAGUGUAACAAAAGGCUCAUGGUAUAUAGAUAUACAUAUAAGAAAUUUAUAUUCUCAAAUUAUACCUGAUCGUUGGUUAUAAAACAAUGAAAUGAAGAAAAAGCAACAAAAAACAAAUGAUAAUAAUAAGAAGAAAAAUCUGCGAAAUGUGAUACAAGUGAAUCUGACAACAAAGCCUGCGGAGAAGGAAGAUCCAAAAUAAUAUUUGUAAAAAAGAUUUCAAGAAUUUUUACAGCAUUGGUCGCUCUAACUCUCCACGUGUACGCAAGAAGAACCGCUGUGUAUGUACUAUAAAGAUCAAUAUAAGAUACCACUAUAUUAAUAAUAACGUGUAAAAUUAUUAUUAUUAUCAUUAGUAUUAUUACUGUGAUACCAUAUUUAUUCCCUUAUGAAUUUUCUGAAAGCAAUACAAAACGUAAUUAUGUUUUGCUAGGCAAGCAUGUGUUUGUGAGAUGAAACAUCAAAAAUCAAAAUAACGUAGUAGAAUUUAUUACGAUGAAGUUAUUAAAUAUCCACUUCAUGAGUUGCAGUAACUAUUUAUUAUUGACUAUACAGAACAAAAUUGCGAAAAAAAUACAUAAAUUUGUUUUUAUGAUUUUUUGACAUUGAUUACUUUCGUAUACGGUUUGACCAUCGAAAUUAUGUGUAUUAUUGCCAUGAUUAAUGAUAACACGUGCAGGUACACACAGUUAAAUCACUGCAAAGUAUAGUAGUUUAACUAUCGACUUUGGUGAUGAUUAAAUUCGCAAAGGAAUCGUCGAUUUAACUCGCUGUAAGUUACCACAUCCAGUAAGGGAAUCAAAAUGGUGAAACAUUUAGAAGAGAAGAGAAAAAAAUAUUAUUGUCUGCGAAAAAGAGUGGAAUGGAAAGUGCGGGUGAAGGGUGCUUGUUUCUAUAAUAUCUGACUACUCUCACAACCAUCCACAACAUUAUAUCCCAGCUCCGUUGAUUUGAUACUUGACUCGUUUUUCCCUUCUUCGUUUCGAUUGAAAAUGAACUCCAUUACUUUGUACAUAUUAGAUAGAAAUUGUCAUACAAAACGUGACUAUAUUAUAUACAAUAAACAAUUGGGGCUCAUGAACAAUUUGUUUGUUUUUUUUUUUAUCUUCGGCAGGGGGCCAGGGGGGAGGGAUAUUUGUAGUACUAGUGUAUGAUAAUUUUGUUAAUUAUCGUAAAUAACAUUGCUACAAUCGUUUUAUAUACAAUUCCAACUAUCUCACAAGUUAUGUUGGCUAAAAUAAUUUAAUACGAUUCACUCUACUUAUAGGAAUGAGUCGCUAGAAUCCUUGUCAGAGGUAGAAUCCUUGAUUAAUUAUUAUCAUUGGAGGGCUGAGGACUGAACAUUAAAACAUUUGUUACUCAUGUCAUAAUUUUACAUCCCAAAUUAUAUGUAUGUACAUAACAAAUGCGGGAACUAUUAAGAUUUUGAAGAACCGAGGAUUUUUUUUAUAAAUUACAGCAGUGUAUUGUACUGAAUCUACCUGACAAUUCUAGAUUUUUCCUCUCUCUGGAUUCUGCUACAUUUAAAUUCUAUCAUACCUCGUCUCCACUAUCACUGUAAUUGGUCUAUAAUUCUUAAUAUUCGUUAUUGUUAUUAUACAUUCAGUUGCACCAAUGAAUUUGUUUUAUAGCUAAGUCGCACGUUUAAUAAAAUGUGUAAAUACGUAUACUAUUCUUUUGUCGCUGUUGUAUGCUUACCUCCCUGCAAUAGACUCCUUAGUAAAUUGAAAAAAAAAAAAAGAAAAAGAAUUUUGCUUGAAUAUUUGCUUACGCGCUGCUUAUUGAAAGGGAGAGAGAGGUAAUUAUGUUGCGAGUUCAGUUGUAGUUGAAAGAAAUCGUGUAUGUGCCUACAAAGUGGCAAUUAAAUAUUAAUGGCAAAAUUGUACUUAAAUUGUUGUAAAAAAAAGUGAAAAAAAAAAUAUUAAUCCUGUAACUUCAAGUUACUGCUUAGUUACAUAGGAUUACGGACAUGCACUAUUGCGCCGAUUUAAUCGGUAGUUAGGAUUAUUUGUAUAUUAGGUUCGUCCCUUGUGAAUUGUGUUCGUAGCAGGUGAUUGCAGUUAAUCUGCAGGAUAUGUGUAACUGAGUGUAUGCAUUAUUAUGUUAACAGAGAAGUUUCAGCCCUCCAAUAGGGAUGAACCCUGCCUACUUGUUCUCAUAAUUAUUUUAGUUUUAUAUAAAUGAACACACACACACACACACACAUAUAUAUGCACCCAUACUUAUGUAUACAUGUGUGUAUAUUUAUCGGUUAUAAUGAUAAUGAUUAAUGAUGAAGAUGCUGUAUAUACUUUUUAGUGAGUCAAGGUGUGAAAAUAAAACGUAUUUUUAUUCCACA